AUGGUUUCGUGGGAAGAGGUGUGCCGCAUAGAGAGUGGUGAGCAUGUUGGACAUUUGCAGAAAAACAAGACACGUAUUCAGAGUGUUUAUGGAUUGAUUCAGUUCAAUCAUAGAGACAAUAGUGAUGAUGAGGAAUCAGAAGAUGAGGGAGUUGAUGAAGACUCCUAUUUAUCAAGUUCAAUGAUUGGCAAACAUCCGUUUGAGGAGCCGUCAUUCAUGCGUGCGUUAGAUCUUACAAGUAAUUCUGAGGUAGUAGGAGAAUUGUGUGUUGGAAUGCAAUUUAAUGACAGAGAAAAUAUUAUACAAACAAUUAAACAUUACAGUAUAUCAAAAGGAAUGGACUAUAAAGUAUUUGAGUUUGAACCAAAUACAUUUUACUGUAAAUGUGUAAGCUAUGGCAUAGAUUGUGAUUGGCUUGUUCGGGCUAGCUUGAGGAAAAACAAAUGUUUUUGGGAAAUCAGGAAGUAUAAUGGGCCACACACUUGUAUGAGGGCUAGGAUUUCGCAGGAUCAUAGCAAGUUGGAUGCAGACACAAUUGCAGAAUUUAUUAAGCCAAUGGUAGAAUCUGACCUUUCUUUUAAGAUCAAACUUGUGAUUAAUGAAGUCCAAGCUCGAUUUGGAUAUACGACAACAUAUAGAAAAGCAUGGAUGGCAAAGCAAAAAGCAAUUGAAAAAGUGUAUGGUGAAUGGGAAGCCUCGUAUGAAGCCCUGCCGCAAUGGUCUGUAGCGAUGUGUGACGCUGUUCGUGGGUCAAUUGUUCAAUUGGAUGCUGUUAAAGCUUAUCGCAAUGAUGAGUUGGUUCAUGAUGUUCAAAUAUUAUGUCGUAUUUUUUGGAAUUUUGCUCCUUGCAUUCGGGCAUUCAGACAUUGCAAACCACUUGUGCAGGUUGAUGGGACACAUUUAUAUGGAAAAUACAAGAGGGCUUUAUUGGUAGCUGUUGCACAAGACGACAAUCAGAAUAUUUUGCCGAUUGGCUUUGCUAUUGUUGAAGGAGAAACUGCAGAUGGUUAUUCAAGAACUGAAUCAGAAUUUAAUAUUCAUUAUGAGCGGUUGAGACAACGUGGAGAGGUAUAUACAGACUGA